GGUCCGGCUGCCCAGGAGCAGGCCGACGCCGGUCGUCUCCGCCGCCGCUGCUGCUGCUUCUCCCGCUGCUGCCGCCGCUGCCUUCGCCGCCUUCGCCGCCUCCCUCUUCUCGCCGCCAGGCUGAAGGGCCAGACUUCUUCCCCCCACACCCACGGAGAGAGGUUCCUUAGAAAGAGAGCUUGGACGGCAUGCAAAGUAGUGACAUAUCUGCAGACAGCACGGAUGAUCCUCUUAGUAGUGGCCUACGGAGAAAACGACAGCCGCGAAUAGUAGUUAUCGGUGCUGGGCUCGCAGGCCUCUAUGCCACGAAAACUCUCCUGGAAAACGGUUUCACGGAUGUGACUAUCCUCGAAGCGUCUGACCGAAUCGGAGGACGAGUACAAAGCGUCAAGCUCGAAAACGCGACUUUUGAACUGGGAGCCACGUGGAUCCAUGGUUCCAAUGGAAACCCAGUCUAUCAUCUAGCACAAGAUAAUGGCUUACUCGAAGAGACGCGAGACGACGAAAGGAGCGUGGGCCGUAUCAGCCUAUACUCCAAAAAUGGGGUGGCAUAUCACCUCACCAACAGUGGUCAAAGGAUCCCGAAAGAUGUGGUUGAAGAAUUCAGUGAUUUAUACAACGAGGUCUAUAACCUGACUCAGGAGUUCUUCCAGAGUGGUAAACCAGUCAAUGCUGAGAGCAAGAACAGCGUGGGUGUCUUCACGCGAGAUGUCGUGCGCAAGCGCAUCAAAGAGGAUCCGGAUGACUCGGAGGCGAUCAGGAGGCUGAAGCUUGCCAUGAUCCAGCAGUAUCUUAAGGUGGAAAGUUGCGAGAGCAGCUCCCACAGCAUGGACGAAGUCUCGCUCAGCGAAUUUGGGGAGUGGACUGAGAUCCCUGGAGCCCACCACAUCAUCCCGUGUGGCUUCAUCAAAAUUGUGGAGAUCCUGUCCUGCUCCAUCCCUGAGGCUGUCAUCCAGCUGAACAAGCCGGUCAAGUGCAUCCACUGGAACCAGUCCAUCAGCAAGGAGAUCGAGCGUGUGGCCGACCAUAAUAGCGACCGCAUGGAGGAAGAAGCCGGGUACCACGUCCUCCUGGAGUGCGAGGACUGCGAGUUCAUCCUGGCCGACCAUGUCAUUGUGACGGUGUCCUUGGGGGUCCUGAAGAAGCACCACGAGCACUUGUUCUCCCCCCAGUUGCCAGAGGAGAAGGUCCUGGCCAUCCAGAAGCUGGGCAUUAGCACCACCGACAAGAUCUUCCUGGAGUUUGAGGAGCCCUUCUGGAGCCCUGAGUGCAACAGCAUCCAGUUCGUUUGGGAAGAUGAAGCGGAGGCGGAGAGCCUCACCUACCCCGAGGAGCUGUGGUACAAGAAGAUCUGCAGCUUCGAUGUCCUCUACCCGCCGGAGCGUUAUGGCCAUGUGCUGAGUGGCUGGAUUUGUGGGGAGGAGGCCCUGAUCAUGGAGAAAUACGACGACGAAACAGUGGCGGAGACCUGCACGGAAAUGCUGCGUAAAUUCACAGGGAAUCCAGACAUUCCAAAACCUCGGCGGAUCCUCCGAUCCUCGUGGGGCAGCAAUCCCUUUUUCCGUGGGUCCUACUCCUACACUCAAGUUGGGUCUAGCGGAGCAGACGUGGAGAAACUUGCAAAGCCACUGCCUUAUACCGAGAGCUUGAAGACAGCUCCUAUGCAGGUGCUGUUUUCGGGCGAAGCCACUCACAGGAAAUACUAUUCCACGACCCACGGUGCUUUGCUUUCUGGCCAGAGAGAGGCGGCCCAUCUCAUCGAAAUGUACCAAGACCUCUUGCAAUGCAAGAACUGAGAGGCCCGAACUUUCGGAAGAACCACUAACUCACGAUUCCUUUUUCUUUUUUGCAGACGAGCAAUUGAAAGGAUUCUUUUUUUAAAAUAAAAUGGCUAAUAAUAGAAACAUUUCUAUCUUUUUAUAAGAAAAAUAAAACUAAGUCUUAACUAUUUUAACUGGUAGUUGGGUUGAUUGUAGCUUAUUCCCACGUACUGUCCUGUUCACGGGAGAAGGGUGUUCUUUCUGUCUGGGUGAAGGCUUCUUUCUUUUUGGUGUAAUUUCAUUUUCUGAUUGAAUUUUCUGGUGCUUCUUUUUUAGAGGUAUUCUCCCCUAACCCCUGUCCUCCGGUAUUGUAAGUGCCUUCUAUACUUCAAUAAAUGUUGUAAUAACCUAC